GAGAAUAGAAGCGGUGGCAACUCGGCUUAGCAGGUCAGGGGGCUGCCGGCGUGAGGUAUAUAGCUGGGUGAUAGUGUCGCUGCGUGUCAGUUCCGUGUGUGUGUGUCCAGUCAGUCUACAGGAGUCCGUGGCGGCGGGUGCACCACGCAAAAUGAAGAUAAUCUGGGUGUCCUUAUUGCUGGCGGGCCUCUGUCUGGCCAAGGAGGAGGAAGGUGCUGAUGGUCUCCAGGAAAUAGAAGGAAGGAGAAUCCAGAUGAGGGCCAGCCUGGGGGGUGUAGGCGACAAGCUCACGUCAUCGUCCGUGGUGGUGCCUUCCAUUGACUUGCAACAUCUGCUGGACGAGAAGAACGAUCUGCUAACGAGUGCCAUCCAGCCUGAAUUGUCUCCCGAGGACCUACUUCUGAAAAUCGGCAACGUCAUCUCUUUCCUCGGCUCCGCUACCGAUGAUAAGGAUCCCUUGGCUCAUUUAGGCACCGGUGAUCCUUUGACUAUUGACGAUCACGGCAUCCUUGGUACACUUUCCACUCUGCUGGGCCUCGCAGGGGGCGUUGAUGGAGGCGGCAGCAAGCUGGCUACGUUUGUGUCCGUCGUCAAUGUGCUCAAAACGACAGUUGUGGAUCUGGGCGCACGUGGCCUCGAGAUUGCUAACUUUAUUCUCGCCAUCAUUGGUCUUGCUCUCAUUGUGGGGUACGUGGCCGGGAACGGUGGAGAUUUGGGUCCACUGGCCUUUGACUUCUCCUCCUCCUCCUCCGCGUCCCGUUCCCUCUCGGACAGCCCCGCGAUGGAUACGAUCUCCAACAUGGUUUACGAUGCCAUCAAUAACUUCAACUAUUAACGUGCAGGUGGCAGGCAGUUGUGCGGGAAUGGCGCACCUGCCAGCCUUCAUCUCAGACAUUUCCUUCUUACUUUAUUUAUUUUGGUAGCUAUUCAUCAUUCGGUCAUUCAUGGUCCCCACUGGAGGCUGGCCCUUCUACUGGGUGACGCAGCACAGUCCAUAUCGACGACCGCCGACCAAAGACACCGCGCCGAUGCACAAGGGAGUCUCCAGGACGCCCGCAACCACCGGCCGACGCCGACCCGACCUUCCGCUGACUGCACAGAACUAGUGACCUCGUCUGCAGGACUCACCUCGGUAUUCGGUGACCUUGAGUGAGUCUUGACUCAUGACCUCGACGUACCUGAAGCUCGCUAAAAGUGAUCGUUUCACUUGACAGCCAUGUACAUAUCCUGUAUAUUAGCACUUUAGCACUUUAUACGUCUUUCCCGAGCUCGCUGCGCCCCUGAAGCCGCUCACCACCACGAGGGGGGCGCCGCGCCUCGGCUGACUCAAUGUGACGCACCGCGACUUUGUGACGCAUAUGUUCGUAUUUAUCGUUGCUAUAUUUUUAUAUUUAACAUUCUUAACAAUCCAAUAAACUAUCAAACCUUUUUAA